GUUUACACUAUUGAUCGCGAAAUGAGCGCUACACCCACCGCGUAAUUUCACUUUAGACCUGCUGAAUUUCUACAGCAGAAUUAUUGUUGUUGUUGUGUUAAUAAAGUAAAUAAAACAGACAUAUACCCACUGUGAAUUUGUUGGAUUUGUGAAGGGUGCUUUGGAGUAAAAGGAAGAAUGUCAGACCGCGAUCGAGAUUACAUAGGGUUUGCAACGUUGCCAGAUCAAGUGCACAGAAAAUCGGUCAAAAGAGGUUUCGACUUCACCCUCAUGGUGGUGGGGGAGUCGGGGUUGGGGAAAUCCACCCUCAUAAACAGCCUCUUUUUGGAGGACCUGUACAAGAACAGGAUUGUACCGGAAGUGGGGGAAAAAAUCAAGAAAACCACGAGCAUCGAGAAAAAAACGAUGGAAAUCGAGGAGCGCGGCGUCAAGCUAAGGCUCACGGUAAUCGACACCCCCGGCUUCGGGGACGCGGUCAACUGCGAGGACAGCUGGAAGGUGUGUACCAACUACAUAGACGAACAAUUUCGACAAUAUUUCACGGACGAAAGCGGCCUAAAUCGCAGAAAUAUACAGGACAACAGAGUGCAUUGUUGUUUGUACUUUAUACCGCCGUGGGGGCACAGUUUGAGGCAAAUGGACCUUGAAUUGAUGAAGAGGCUGCACCGUAAGGUUAAUAUAGUGGUCGUGAUAGCCAAAGCUGACACUCUGACCACGUCCGAGGUUGCCAAAUUGAAGCAAAACAUCAUCAACGAUAUUAGGGAGAACGAUAUACAGAUGUACGAGUUUCCCGAAUGCGACAGCGACGAAGACGACGAAUUCAAGCAGCAAGACAGAGAAUUAAAGGCCAGCGUACCUUUCGCGGUGGUCGGGAGCAAUAUGACCUUGGAGGUGGCGGGAAAAAAAGUUAGGGGAAGGCAGUACCCUUGGGGAGUCGUGGACGUUGAGAAUCCAAAACACAGCGACUUCAUAAAACUGAGGACCAUGUUGAUUUCCACGCACAUGCAGGAUUUGAAGGACGUGACCGAGGACGUGCACUACGAAAAUUUCAGGGCGCAAUGCAUCUCGCAAAUAUCCCAGCAUGCCAGGGAGAGGGGAACUUCUUUUAGGAAGUUGAAACGAGAUUCGGCCCCCGUAUUCGAUCCUGACAUUUCCGAGACUGACAGGUUGCUCCUGCAAAAGGACGAGGAGAUUCGAAGGAUGCAAGAAAUGCUCACAAAAAUGCAGGAAAAACUCAAGGUCACGGCUCACGACAAGAAACACGACAGUAUUAUCGAUGUAUAGGAUAAAAAUAAUAUUUAUUAAUAUUUAGUACCAAAGAGUAUAGUUGAUGUUUUUUUAGUUUUUAUAAUCAAGCA